AAAAAGCGACAAAAACAGAAAAAUUAAACUCUCGUGGCUACAACAAUUACUAGCGAUCAACAGAGACAUGCAAAUCAAAGUCCUCUAGUUGUCUUAUAAAAAGUAAACAGUACAGUUUACUUUUAUGCUUUGCAAAAAACUGUUUUUAGACUGUUUGGCUAAUUUUCACGAUUUUUUGACUAAUCGUUGUUAUUCUAACACUUAGUACUUGCUUCCAAUCCCUGAUUUUCGUGGAUGUGUUGAUGGAAGUGUCGGGAUAAGUCAGCAUAAUCUAAAUGUAAAUCGCACGAUUCACAAACAAAUCUAUUUAUUCAGUAGCCUCUUUCAAAGUAAAGGUCACUAUGGAACUCAAUGAUACCCUCGGGAUUAUGCAAAUGACAGUAUAAAAGAAUUGACACGUGUUCCACCCCAUCACUCUACUCAAGGCCGUCAAGGCGAAGAAGUUGGCGACCCAUCGUUCCACUUAACCAGUAAGUCGGGCUUGAUCUCAGCUGUCCACUUCUACUUAGCCGGGAUUUUCACUGGCCAGAGCGAUUCCCAAUAACUUAUUAUCAUGUCAUUAUUAGCAAUACCCAGGGUGGAAUAUUACACUAUUCCUCUAAAGAAAAUGACUGUUGCCAAAAGUACAGUAUGAUUUUUGUGAACUGCAAUGAACCUGGUUGUAUCGAAUUUUCAGAGUAAAUCUCACUUUUACAUUUCUUCUAGCGAUUAUUAUUCGUUUACUUUUAUUUGUAAAAUUUUUUAGUACGGUUGAAUUGACGGAGUAUAAUUUUCGAACGAUGUUCGUGGUGGAGGAAGAUUGAGUGACGAGCCUAAAGAGCGUCUGGCUCGAGCUUUCAGCGUUAAUUUAUAAUUUCACGGGUGAAAUUACAAAAUUGGCAUCGCAACGUUUCGCGCGAGAGUUCUCGAUACAAUAAACAAGUUGAAAACCCGCGAUUGUAAGGGUAAUUUGUAACUCAUUAUAAUCAAAAGGUAAUGAAAAUGCAGACUGCAAAAUUGCAAUAAUUUCUCGCGCCCAAAGGUUCGGGAAAGUAUAAGAAUUUUGACAAAACCCACGUAAAAUUAUUUCGUAAUAUCCCCCGUCACCAUUUGAUUACCCAUACUAAAGUUCAGUCCAAUACGAAACUUGACAUUUUUUUCUCUUUGAUGCUUUUUUCCUAAGGGAGAAACAUACCCGAGAUGACGAAACAAAGAGCAGCCAGAGCGCUUAUCUUUUGUGCGUUUGCUCUGUUUUUAAGCUGGACCUCUUUCAAGUUUGCGGAGGGGACCUAUGAAGAUCAUUAUCACAUAACAUACCCAGAACGUGUCGAUGGAAGCCGAGACAGGAGAGAUCUUUCAACUUCUUACAAGGGAGACCACAUGGACGACGCGUCGUAUCGAUUGGAUGCUUUUGACAAGGACUGGACGCUGGAUAUAAAAAGAAACAAAGAGCUAUUUUCCCCAUCGUUUGCAGUUCGCACGUUUGAAAAUGAUGGCUCUGAAGCGAUACAAGAGGGUGUUUCGGACCAUUGUCAUUAUCAAGGAAACAUUCGUGGCUUGAAGGAUUCCAGUGUUGUACUUAGCACGUGUUCAGGAUUAAGGGGGAUUAUAGAUGAUGGUAAAGAUACUUUUUACAUUACUCCUGAGACUGGACACGAAAACUCUGGUGCUCACAGAGUUUUUCAAGCCAAGGAAGAAGACUUCAAUCACAUUCUUGAUACUUGCGGAAACAAAGACACAGAAGCAGAUUCCCACCCUUCCAAGGAAAACUCCGGAACAUUUUCCAGGAUGCGGCGCAGCAUAUCAAAUAUGGAUUCAUUCUACAAACCAUACCUGACAACAGAUGAGACUCGCUAUAACGAGCUUUUGUUUGUAGUGGAUUUUAGAAUGUACAAGGCAUACAACAAUGACACCAACGUCAUUAAAGACCGAGUUAUGGCGUUAGCGAAUGCUGUUGAUGCGAUUUAUCAACGAAUAAAUAUCAGAAUAGUUACGACAGCACUGGAAAUCUGGACAAAUGGUGAUCCUUAUGAGCGCGAAUCUAAGGGUGGACCUGACCUGUCAUUGUUUAACAAAUAUCGACAAAAAUUGAAGGAAAAGAUUCCUCACGACAAUGCGCAGUUACUAAGUGCAUGGGGUUGGUCAGAUUGUGCAGGAAUGGCUUAUGUAUUUGGGAUGUGUGGUUCUGUCUCAUCUGGUGUAAACCAGUGGAACUUCGGAAGUAUCAUUGGUCCUUACGUUGUCGUUGCUCAUGAAAUGGGUCACAACUUUGGAUUUAGCCAUGACUCAGGAUCCUGUAAGUGCCUAACUCCAAGGGGAUGCAUUAUGGGUGGACACAAGACUAGAGUUCCAGGAUUUUCUAAUUGUAGUAUGGACUCACUAAAAAGGCUCAAUGAUUGGUGUUUGUACAACGUACCGACUAAGCCUAUUAGAAGUAUUUGUGGAAACGGAAUACGUGAAGAGGAAGAGGAAUGCGACUGCGGUACUCCCGAGAUGUGCAUGGCUAAAGAUCCCUGUUGUGAACCCCAUCAAUGUGUUCUCAAGACUGAAUCACAAUGCAGUGACCUACACCACGCAUGCUGCAAGAAUUGCCUGUUUAAGAAACAAGGAUCCUUAUGCCGCGAAGUGAAAACAGAUUGUGACGUGCCAGAAUAUUGCCCUGGUGAUUCAAGUGACUGUCCAGAGGAUACUUAUAUCCUAGAUGGAUAUCCAUGCAAUCAGACGGAAACGGUCAUACUAGGCAAUACAAACUACUACAGUGUGAACACUCGGGAACUGAACCCUAGAAUCAGUGCUCGUUAUCUUCGUAUCAGUCCUCAACACUGGUAUGGAUGGCCAUGUCUUCGAACGGAAUUUCUUGGCUGCUCAUCGGGUGAAGUAAACCCAACUGCGCCAACACCACUGAUGUCUUAUGGCCUCGAUCUGUGUCUCACACCUUCAAGCAAGACUUGUUCUCCAGGAGAUAACGAACGUCUAAUAUACGUAGGUGGUUUGUGCAGAGAAAAUCAUCUUCAAUUCACGUUGGGCUCUGACGGAGUGUUACGUCACGACUGCAGCGGAAACAUGGUCUGUCCUGAAAAUGGCGCAACUCACAACGGUGCAAAAAUUGUUGUGAGCAGCACAUGCACAAUCGAAAACUCCAAGUUUGAGCGUACAUCAGGACGGUCUUUGAAACAUGUCAAGACUGGUAAAUGUAUACACACCAACGGAGCUUGGCCUGGUAAGGGCAGAUACAUGGUGUUGUGGUCAGGAUGCAAUGAGCAGAGGCUAGAGUUAUGGUUCAAGAAACAAGAGUGCAUAGAACCGCUUGGAAUGGAGAGUGGUGAGAUCAAGGAUGACCAAAUCACAGCCAGCUCAUCGAGACCAGCGGAUCUUCCUCAAUAUGGACGGUUGCAUAAUGGAAAGUACUGGUGCGCGGCAAAAAAAAGUGAAAAUGAAUAUUUUCAAGUUGAUCUCGGUCAGGUAAAAACGGUCAACAAAAUUUUAAUACAAGGACGCGGAAAUUGGUACGACUGGGUGACCGGAUUUUUCUUGUACUACAGUGAUGAUGGUCAGCGGUGGACAGGCUACACAGAGAGCGGAGACAAAAGCCACUCAAACUCUGUUUGUUACCUUGGAAAAUGCAGCGAAAUUCACGAAACUCAGUGCAAGGACUUAUGGGGAGCUACUGCCAAAAACGCCGACAAAGGAUGCUAUGACAAGCUUAACACCGAGGCUGCAGGAUACGGUACAUGCGAUCCAACCACCAACUCAUCUUGCGCUGCCAGUGACGUUUUAUGUGGCCAGCUGCAAUGUGAAGACAGCAGAAACUCUCCCGUUGUAGACUAUGGAUGGACAUACUCCAAGAUCGCUUUGGAUAACGGAAAGCAAUGCAGUGCUGCAACGUUAAAGUCAACAGAUAGUAUUGGUCAAGGAAUGGUCAGAGACGGAACAAAAUGUGGAGCUGACAAGAUGUGCGUCAAUUAUCAGUGCCAGACAUUUAAGGAUCUCAACAAUGGCACGUGUCCAACUGUAGACAACAAAGAGUGUGGAGGUAGAGGGGUAUGUACAAAUAAAAAGUCUUGUCAUUGUGAAGGUGGCUUUGAUCCCAAAAGUGGCUGUGCUUCUGCGUUGGUAGCUCGAGAUGGAGCCUGGGGAAAUUGGUCCUCGUGGACAGUCUGUGACAAGGGCUGUGAUGGCGGCAGGAGAAAGAGACAUCGAUUUUGUAACAAUCCUUUUCCGCAACAUGGUGGAGCUGACUGCCCUGGAGUCCGACAGCAAACAGAAGACUGUAACACUGAGGAUUGCCCUGUGGUAAUGUCAUGCCGCCAAUUACAGAAAAUCGGCGUGGAAAAGAACCAUCAUUAUCCCGACGGAGUCUACAAGAUCUUUCCUACAGGCUCCCAGCCAAUCAUGACAUACUGCGAUAUGUCACGUGACGGUGGUGGAUGGACACUAUUGGUUACAAGUCACACCAACAGCUGGACAGCACAGAACGUUAAAUUGAGAAACGCAGAUUCACCAAAGCUAAAGGAAGACUACUCUAUCCUUCAAUACGCUGACAAUAUCAAGGAUAACAUCAACGUGGCGGGAUCUAAGUUUGAAUAUCGACUAGAAGCUCAAAGUCGAGGUCACUGGGGCGGUAUCUGGACUGCACAAAGAGGAUAUUCUUUUAUAGCUACAAACAACAAGCAAACGGACAUCAACCUGAUCAAGAAGUUUGACAAUUGGAAGUAUUCUGAUAGUGGAAUUGAACAAAGAAUGCCAUGGAUUUCUGGCGCCAGGCUAACGACAUCAAACAAUGCCAAAUCUAACUGGUGGGGAACCAUAACAGGAAAUGAUAAAAGCUAUCAUCCCGCACCGUGGAUUAGUGGUCACCUUCAAGAGAGUCAGCCUUCUUACAUCUGGUACUGGAUGCGAGAGGGUCCUUAUGAAACUCCUAGGUCCUGCAUGGAGGUCUACUUCAGGGGGCUUCAAACUAACCCAGUGUCAGGCGGCAUUUUUACAAUUAAGCCUCCCGGUCAGUCCGAAGUUAAAACGGUUUGCGACUUCACAACCGAGGGAGGGCCCUGGACACUGCUAGUCACAAGCAAGACUCACAGUGGGUGGGACAAGGACAACAUCAAACAGAGAAAUGCAGACAAGCCUUCACUGCAACACGACUUUUCUAUUCUUGGUUUGGCGGAUGCCAUUAAAGACUUUGAUAAAUCACAGAAAUUCUUCCAGUAUCGAAUUGAGGCCGAUGGGAAAAACCGUUGGGGAGGAAUCUGGGAGGCCCCACGUGACUACACAUUCCUUUCAAACGGCGACAAACAAACCGAAGUGAAGUUGAUAAAGAAAUUUGACUCCUGGGACGAGAAGAGCAACUUGGCAAAGCGCAUGCCACGAUUGGCGUCAUUGAACGGUCUUUUACUGAGCAGUGCCUCUACUAAAGACGACUUGUCGGGUUCUCUGGUGUACAACAGCGGUGCUUCCUCGGCCUCGUAUUUGGAGAAGGAGAAGCCAAAACCGAAUGUGGUGAGAUUUUGGAUGAGAGAAGGUGCCAGAUUAUCUUGUAACGACUUGAAAUUGCACGGUCUGAGAGCUGGUAACAAGUACGAGGAGGAUGGUUUCCAAAUGAUGAAAGUCAGUGAUGCCCAGUACCUCCCGGUCUACUGUGAUAUGACAACAGCUAAGGGAGCAUUCACUCUUAUUGUGACCAGCGCUCACAACAACUGGACUCGGGCUCAGGUUCCACGCAGAAAUGAACUCUACCCUGGAUUGAAUCGGGAUUACUCUAUAUUGGACUUAGCAGACAGCAUUAAAACUCUCAACAAUAAUGGAACUUUCCAAUACAUGAUGGAUGCUAAUUCUCGUCGUCACUGGGGAGGAAUUUUUGAAGCUCCAACCUCAUACAGGUUAAUUAGUUGUGAGAAAAACAUUUUUUGAACUUACCUUUGUUGGAGGAUUAUACGUCGCCGCUACUCAAGAGAUUGUAUGCGGGUGUUUUUGAAGAUGCAAAGGGCGAAUACACACCUUACAAUUGAAAUAUUGUAACAUGAAAGUGCGUAAAAGGAAGUUGCAGUUACUGAUUGCUAAAAAUGCCGGUAGACGCUUUUGGUAAAAAAGGUAUAGUCUAAUUAUUUUGCUGCAAUUUUCCGGCGCUGGACUAUUUUCCAUUCUGGCAAGUAAUUUCUUCGAUUUAAAGUCGGUGUGUUUAUACAAGGGAGCUAAGCUAUACAGAAAAGAGGGCAUCAACAGACGUUUUUAGGACACUAUUUUAAUUAUGUGUUUUAAAAUAGUUAACUGGUACAGCACUCUGUGCACUGAAGUUGUGAAACUUGCCGUUUAUUCACAAGCCUUGAGGGCCACGGUUUUAGCUUAGAACGCGGCCUCAAAAACUCUAUCGUGUUUGAAUAAAGAAUUGUCGUUAUACUUGUUGUUUUGUAAAUAUUUCACCGCCGCGUCUAGUUUCUUUCGCGAAUCGGGCCAGAUCGUUGUUCGUUUGUGUUCCUUGAAUUAGCUUAAAGACAGGCGUUUAGUGUAAGCUUGUGAAACCCCCUGCAGAAGUCUACGACAGUAAGACGAAAUAACCGUAAGAAAAUAGACAAGUUUUGCAAAUUCAGUUCACAGGGUGUUGCUUACAAGUUUGGUGAUUUUUUUUUUCGUUUUUAGACUUUUUUUGUUAUGUAUUGUAAUUGUGGGAUUGUAAAACUACAGUGAAUUGUGCAAAUAAUUGAAAAAUACUAUCUGAAAUAUGAAAGAUCAGAUUUAUUG